AUGGCGUGUCCUUUCAUUGAUGAGGUGGUGGAUGAGGGAGCUAUUAUCGUGCUAAGGGCAUUUCAAAGAGAGCGAAUUUUCAGGGACAAGUCAGACCCAUUGGCUUUUCAUGACAGCUACCUGUAUGAGCGGUAUAGGUUCUCAAGAGAUGGGAUUGUGUAUAUUUGUAAAUUGCUGAGCCCACACAUUGCAAAUAACACAUGCCGCAAAACAGCGCUCACAGUCCCGCAGACGGUGUGCAUUGCACUUCGCUUUUUUGCCAGUGGAACAUUUUUGUACACAGUUGGAGAUGCAGAGAAUAUCAGCAAAGCAUCGGUUUGCCGCUCUGUACGAACUGUGUACCUUUCUUUAAAAAGACUCCUCAAUGUGUUCAUCACAUACCCUGGCCACAGAGCAAUUCGUACCAUUAAACAUGCCUUUUAUGGAAUAGCUGGUUUACCAAAUGUUAUCGGUGCACUGGACUGCAUCCAUGUGCGUAUUAAGUGUCCGUCUGGUCCACAUGAAGCAGACUUUGUAAAUAGGAAAUCAGUACACAGCAUCAAUGUACAGAUGAUAUGUGAUGCAGAUUGCAUCAUCACAAAUGUAGAGGCCAAAUGGCCAGGCUCUGUGCAUGACUCCAGAGUCUUUCGAGCCUCAUCUUUCUACCAGCAACUGGCAAGAGGUGAAUUCUCAGGAGUUUUGCUGGGAGACAAGGGGUACGCAUGCCUGCCUUACCUCUUGACUCCCUAUCAGGAGCCCCAGACAGAGGCACAGCACAGCUACAACAUUGCCCAUGCACGCACAAGAGGUCGUAUAGAGAUGGCAUUUGGACUCAUAAAGUCAAGGUUCCAGUGCCUGAAGCACCUCAGAGUGACUCCACCUAGGGCAUGUGACAUUGUAGUUGCUUGUGUAGUGCUCCAUAACAUUGCCUGUCUGAGGAGAGAGAAGCAACCAAGGAUUGUUGCAGAGGAAGACUGGGGCAUUUAA